AUGCGCGCUCCCUUGUCGUCGUCAUCGUCGGCCCCGCGCCCCGCGGCGCACCGGGCCCUGCUGUCGAUGCUCAUCGCCGCACUGUGCCUCUUCGUCAACCCAGCCUUGGCGCUCGUGGGAUCCGGCGGCGUCUGCUUCGACUCCUGUUCGUACACUCUCCGCGCGCCGCGCUUCAACGAUACCCAGUCGUACAAUGGGACUAUGCCGGCAAAGUCAAAGCUCAUCGCCUCAUGCGAGAGCCGCCUGCACAUCACGUCGCUGUACCUCUGCGCCGACCUGCACUGCGACCUGACGCACCGUGUCGCCGGGCUGAGCGACCUCAACCACACCUGCCAGACGUACAUGAACUCUUCGCUACCGCCGUUUGAAAUCCUCGCCAACUAUUCGAGCGAGGAGAUUGCCGGCCUGAGAAGGCUCACCCAGGAAGAGAGCGUCGAGACGACUGUCUUGAAUGAAGUCGUCUUGCCUGCGGAUUCUUUCUAUCAGAUUUGGGCCGACACGCUCGACUCUGUCGAGUACACCUACGGAUAUCAUUACAGAUAUGGCCUCUACGUGAUUGUCUUCUGGUUCAUUGUGAUCGCCGUCGGGCUAGGGUCUCGUCUCAUCUCUGCCAUCGGAAACCUCCAAAAGCGGGAAUACAAUCCGCGCAACACACCGAGCAUCUACCACGCGUCCGCCCUGUGGCUCAAGCGGUACAUCACCGUUCCUGCCACCUUCGGAUACCGUUGUUCGCAGAAUCUAGGCUGGUGCACGAUACCGCCUCGUGUCCAGAGUCUCACCAUCUUGGCCUUCAUCAUCGUAAACAUAUUCUUUUGCGUCCAUGGCUACAUCAUCUUCCCGGACACAUGUAUGUGGCGUUAUGUCGCCGAUAGAACCGGCAUCAUCUCUUUUGCCAACUUUCCCAUCAUCUGGCUGUUCGGCAUGCGAAACAACCUGCUCAUGUGGGUGACCGGCUGGGACUUUGGAACGUACAACAACUUCCACCGCUGGGUUGCCCGUGUAGCGACGGUCCAGGCCGUGAUCCAUUCCGUCGGUUACGUCGUCCUUGUCUUCGAUGACGGCGACUGGGCGUACUUCAUGUCCUGGUGGAAGGUUAUGUUCUGGUGGGCGGGCUGGUUUGCAACGUUUGGCAUGGUCGCUCUUCUCGUAGCGUCGGUGUAUUGGAUGCGACGGAAGCAGUACGAGCUGUUCCUCAUUCUUCACAUUCUUCUAUCUAUCCUUACCCUCAUCACCAUGCUUGGCCAUGUCUCCAUUUUCAAGGGAGAGUAUGAUAUCCUAUUCUGGGUACCUUUCUACAGCUGGAUAGGCGAUCGUGUGCUGCGCAUGGCGAGGACGCUUUCCUUCAACCUAAGGUUCUGGAAUACCUUCGCUCUCGCGAGCUACGAUGCAAACUCCAACAUCAUCCGCCUGAGCAUCCCCUACUCCACCAGCUUCUACGAGCCGAAGCCGGGCACCUACUACUACCUCCACGUCCUUAGCGACAAGUGCUUUUGGGAAAGCCAUCCUUUCACCAUGGCCUGCACGACAACAAACAUGCACGUGCAAAGGAAGUCAUCCUGCGAGCAGACACCUCUGCUUGUCGCGGGCGAACAGGACCAAGAACCCAUGUCCGAAGUCGCGCUUGAGCCGAAGAGAGGCGAACCCUCAAUGACUUUCCUGAUCCGCCCAUACGACAGCUUCACCGCUCGCCUCCGCGAGGACGCCGCCGCCGCAUGGCCCCGCCCUGCACGUCUCCGUGUCCUUGUCGAAGGGCCUUACGGUCACACGCAACCCUUCAACCAAUUCGAUGACCUGCUCUUCAUAGUUGGAGGCAGUGGCGUCGUGGUGCCAGUGGCACAUCUCGCCGAGCUCACAAAAGCCGGUUCGAGAGCGAGGUCGAUCAAAAUCAUCUGGGCCGUUCGCGAGCUAAGCUUUGCCGUGGAUGUGCUGAGACAAGACUUUGAGGACGCGUUCGAUAGUGGGAAGCUUUCUGUCGAUAUCUAUGUCACGCAGCACAGCCUCGCGUCCAACGCCGUGCGACCGAACGACUGGCCGGAGCAGGUUCGCUUGCUCCACGGCCGGCCGGAUGUACGUGAGGAGGUGCAGGACGCCGCAACGGGAGCGGGCAAGGCUAGUCUUGCCGUCGUCGCGUGUGGGCCGGCUGUCAUGGCCGACAGUGCGAGGAAAUCCGUUGUCGAGAUGCUUGACCGCGGAUGGUCAAGGAUUGAGUAUUUUCAAGAAAGUUUCAACUGGUGA